GUGCUCAAGGUUGAGCAACACGCGCGUGACGUUAGUACGUGUUAGUUGUGAUCACAGUUUUCCUCUUUCGUCAUUCUAAUUAAAUUUGAAAAGCUGAAUCUUUACGAAACCAUUUGACAGGAGAGAGAGAGAGAUAAAGUUACCCCAGCCUUUCCCAAGAAACCCCACUAGUUAUCCAUCUCCAUCACAUGCUAAUGACGGCCAUCUUAACGCUUUUAUGUAAUUAAAGAUCAAAAAUGUAUUCCAUACCAAAGGAAAAUAUUAGAAUGAAAACGGGCGUCUUAAGAAACGCGGCUACUCAAACACCGAGGGGGCAAUGUGACGCUGAAAAUUUUCAUAGCGGAAGCCUAAUAAGUCUAGAAAAUCAUCUAACUUGGACGGUUUGUUUUAAUGAUGAAGAAGCAGCGGUGGACAUUAUAAGUCCACAAGUUCAGUUAGGGCAACGUUAUAGUGAUAUAAAGAAUACCUUUACUGAUCAAGAACUGGCUGAAAUAAGUACAAAAGAAAGUGGCAGCUUACAUCGCCAGCGCACAGAAAACGGUGUCGGGUUUCUGCACAACAGAGCAACGUUACCAGGCCUAACGUCAAACCACUUUAAAGUCGCCAGUUCCCAGGAAGAAUGCCACAAACCAGACCAACUCUCGCUAGAUGACAUCCACAUAACAAUGCUAUCCGUAGAAGACUCCAGUCCUCAACAGUGUUCUGCUCCAAACUUGAUGGUAGAGGAAGGUGACAAUGUGUAUACCGUUUGUGGAGAAACGGUAAAAAAUACAACAGACCUCCAAAAUGAGAUUAAAAAUGACACGAAUAACGUAAACCCAGGUGUAGUUACAAGUGUCGGUCCGGUAAUACUGUACCCACAAUCGCCAUCUUUAGAGAAGAAACGCAGAUGGGUCCAGGCCGUUUCAGAAUCGUGUUCUUUGGUUUUCUUUAUUGGAUUUGUCAUCUUAUCCAUCUUAACCCCGUGGUUAUGCAUUCCGUCAUAUGUAAUUGACACCAAGGAACAAACCACUUUUCAGAUCCUAAUGUUUAGUCUGGUUGUUGUCUCGUUUGGUUUACUCUUCGUCGGUUGUAUUAUUGGUAACUUUUACUGGCGUUACGAAGAAAAAAGCAAAACCUGGCGUCCAAUUCUCCACUGUGGUAAAGGACCAAACCAUAAUUGGGGGUGGUUCUUCUCAAGUGAACCUACCAGACUCAAAGAGGGAGAAAUUGUCUAACAGAGACUUUUUUUCCUCAAACUGAAAUCAAACCAAUAUUUUUGUAUCACCAUAGAAGCUCCAUACAAUUAAAACAAAAAAUACGUUAGAAAUACCUUUUUCUGAAAAAAAUAGCAGUCUUUAAUGUUUAGUUCUUAUGCAAGUUUAUCGUUUUAAGGGCAUGUAUUUUUUUACCCUAAAUUGUGUUAACAUAUUGGUUCUUCGGAAAGGGAAUUCCAAGGGACUUUGGAAUGUUCAAAUAGCCUGGCUAGCAGUAUAAUUGCUGACUUUUCUAAUUUUUUAAAAUCUUGACAAAAAUCCCCCUGUAAUCAUCUGAGCAAGAUGCAAUGGUAUAACGUUCAGAAGUAAUAUUUAAAAAUUUUUCUUCUCAUUCACACUAUUAGAGUUUAAACUGAUUAUUGACUAACCAGGCAACAAAUCACUGUUUCAUCUCUCUGAAAACACUGAUGAUGUAGAAUCCAGUACUUAUUGGAGGAUUGGCAAAUAAGACACAUAGUACAAGAAAGACGCAUAAUACGUGACAAGGAAAAGUUGGUCCCAAAACAAGAAAGAAUAGGAAGAUGAUGUACUAAACCACUUCUUUCUGAUUGUUCGUCUGUUUCUUCGAUAUCAUCAUCUGGAAUAAACCUGUAGGUUAGAGAAAGACAGAGGAAAUGGUUCUUUUUGUCAAUAAUUUAAGAAAGAAAUAAAGUUUUCACUUUGACAAGAGUUCAGUAUGAAAUAUACACAAUGUGUUGAGCAGCUGUAAUCAAGAUAAAGAGCUCUUAAUUGCCAAUAUUUUCUAUAGGUUGCUAUUUUUAACCUUUGCAGACAGACUAACACAGUUGAGAGCAGUAUUGGAGUCAUGUCACCUAGUGGGCAGUUGAUGGGUAUUAUACUGAAAACCCUCUAGUUACUUAGUAACACAAGAUAACAGUAGUUGAAUGUUAGUGACAGACCUUCUAGUUACUUAGUAACACAAUAUGACAGUAGUUGAAUGUUAGUGAUAAACCUUCUAGUUACUUAGUAACACAAUAUGACAGUAGUUGAAUGUUAGUGACAGACCUUCUAGUUACUUAACCUUCUAGGUUACUUAGUAACACAAUAUGACAGUAGUUAAAUGUUAGUGACAGACCUUCUAAGUUACUUAGUAACACAAUAUGACAGUAGUUAAAUGUUAGUGACAGACCUUCUAGUUACUUAGUAACACAAUAUGACAGUAGUUGAAUGUUAGUGAUAAACCUUCUAGUUACUUAGUAACACAA